AUGUGCAGUAGUAACGUGGAAGAAGAGAAAAUAAGAAGAAGCAGAAAGAGAAGAGGAGACUGCAGAACAUUCUGCGAGGAACCGACUUACCGGACUCGGUGUUCUAUAUGUGGAAUAACAGAUGUGCUUGUCUACUGUGCUGCGGACGCCAAGUUCUUCUGCCAAGGAUGCGACAUAAGGGAACACUCCUCUAACUAUUGGUCUUGGAGGCACGUGCGCCGCAUGCUUUGUACGGUUUGCCAGUGUUUCAAUCGCACUUUAUUGAUCGAAAAUUUCCGCUACACUUUACCAGAGUUGACCAUCCCAAUUGAAGUACCACAAGCCGAAGUUGAAUUAAUCGAUGAGCCAAGCGAUCUUCUUGAUUCCGAUGAAGAUUAA